AUGACUAAUAAUUAUCAUUCUAUCGAAGACAUUGAAGAUGGUCAUCUGUCCGAAGAUGAUUUUAAAUCAUCGCGGCGUCUUUCAUUGUUGAAGGUUGUUGUUUUAGUAGUUUGUGCUGGACUUUUAUUUGGUUUAAUUAUUGUUGUAUUUCCUGUGAAUAAAGCUCUCGAUGGUAUAAUCGUUAGUGAUGAUCCUCGCCUUAUUGUUGCUAAAAACGGUGCCGUUGCUUCUGAAUUAGUGAAUUGCUCUGUUAUUGGUGUUGAUG